UUCCAUUUUUAGUUUUCACCAGCAGGGUAGGCCUGGCUGUGUUACAGUGGCCUGCAGGCCUGAGAGUGAACUAGCCACAGGAACAGGUGCAGCACACACAUGGAACUGCAUUCGAUCUUCUCAUUCCCUUGUGAAACAGACAUUUCAUUAUGCCACCAUUUGUUCAGUAUGCAUGCUCAUAAGCCUAAAGUAACAUCUUGUGAUCCAGGUGAACAGAACCAGUUUCAUGUUUGCUCAACUACUUCGGCAAACAAAGAUUUGUAAGGUUUCAUCUCUCAGUCACUGACACUGACAUGAGCCUGGCUUUGUGAAGAAGGUCAACACAACCUGUGAAGGCCUGUCAUUACUAAAUCAUGUGUCUGGUGAUAUUAGUCAGUGACUUCAGACUCCAAAGGCUGCUCUGCAGACAGUUGGGGAAGUGAAGGAUGGAAACCUCAUGAUGGAGCACCAGUCAUGCCUGGUACCGGUUCCAGAGAAGAUGGUGGCCACUGUGCUCAUCUUACUCCCCUCAAGGAAACAUGUUCAACCUGAUGAGCAACUGCUGCACCUGGGUCUCCAAAAUACAGGAGCAAAUCAGGAAGGUGACCAUUCUUGUGGUUGGUCUUGACAAAGCAGGAAAAACAUCCUCCAUCAAAGGGAUGUUAAGAGUUCCCAGUUGUGUGGAUGCAAGACCCACCCAUGGCUGUGUACGAAAUGAGCUGCGGGUGGAGAAUUACCUGGUCACCCUGCUGGAUGUUGGAGGAUCAGCAGAGUCAAGAGGAGUCUGGAGGGAGCUCUGUGGAGAAGCCCAUGGGAUCAUCUUUGUAGUGGACUCCAGUGACAGGCAGAGGAUGUGGGAGGUCAAAGAUGUUCUUCAUGACCUGCUCAAACAACCAAGAGUGGCAGGAAAACCCCUAUUAGUGCUGGCUAAUAAACAGGACAAAAUGAACGCUUUGCCGGGAAGUGACCUGAUUGAGAUUCUGUCUCUGGAGAAGCUGGUCAACCAGAGCCACUCUCUGUGCCAUAUAGAGCCUUGUUCAGCCUUAAUGGACCUGAGACGCUGGUCAGACAGAAAGACCCUACGAGGUCUUCGCUGGCUGCUGCGGGAGGUUUGCCUGGAAUAUCCUGAGUUGUGUGCUCGUGUAGCCAAGGACUGCAAGAGGCUUCUGGAGCCAAGAGAGAGGGAGAAGCAUGGGAAAACAGGCAAGGUUCGCAGAAAAACCAAGGUGGAAAGAAUGCCAUCUAGCAAGUCAGAUCUUCAUCAGGUUAAUCAGCUCAAAGACAGGGGGAAAAUGACCACAGGUGAAGGAAAGCUGCAACCCAUCCAAAACAUACUGCAAAAGCAGACCACAUUGAAAAAGAUGUUGAAGACAAAGAAAAAAAAGAAGAAGAAGAAGCUAGUUAAGGUCAAGGAUGGUGAAAAAGAAGCAAAUGAACAAGAGGAGGAGGAAGAGGAGGGUGAUGGUAAUGAAGGAGGGCAAGAGAACUCUGGUCACAUAGAGAAAUCCAGCAGUGCCCUGAUCCCACUGAAAAAGGACAAACUGAAACGCAAAACAAAGGUGAAAGAUUCACCGGGCAACGAUGAGAAGCCACUUAAAGCUAAUGGGGAAAAGAAGAGGAGGAAGAAGAAAGUUGUCAAAGUAAAAAGGAAGAACAAAAUCAACACAGAGGAGAUGGCUGAGGCUUGCUCUCAGCCUGGUGACCUUUCUGCAACCUUUGAUCUUUACAGAAAAGCCGUACUGGUUUUGAAGGGACGUCAGGCUCAGGGACAAUGAGAGCGAAUCUUGGCUGUGUCCAGCAGAGUGUGAGGAUGUGGUCUCCACAUCGACACACUACAUCACUUCACAUUAUUUUUAUUUUAUUCUAUUUUAUAAACAGGUUAAAUACAGACAGAGACAUACAUUUUCAGUGCUAUAUCUUUAUCAUAUCAGAGCUGAAUCCUGAACCUUUGAAGUGAAACCAGUGUGUAGUGAAU